AAGAGUCGUGGCCCAUUCGAGCCCACAUACCUUAGGGUUCCGGGAGGGGUAUAAACACCGCGCCGUCUUGCAGAAACUCUCCCUGCCGCCGCCGCCGCCGUUCUUCUUCGUCGUCCUCCUCGCUUCCUGUUAGGGCUCGGGGCCGUCCGCUUCCGCAGAUCGGAGAUGGCGGUGCCGCUGCUGACGACGAAGAUCGUGAAGAAGCGGGUCAAGCAGUUCAAGAGGGCCCACAGCGACCGCUACAUCGGCCUCAAGACUAGCUGGCGAAGGCCAAAGGGUAUUGACUCCCGUGUCAGGCGAAAGUUCAAGGGAUGCACCUUGAUGCCCAACAUUGGUUAUGGAUCUGACAAGAAGACCAGGCAUUACCUGCCCAACAAGUUCAAGAAGUUUGUUGUCCACAACGUCUCUGAGCUGGAGUUGCUUAUGAUGCACAACAGGACAUACUGUGCUGAGAUUGCCCACAACGUUUCCACGAAGAAGCGCAAGGACAUUGUUGAGCGUGCUGCGCAGCUCGAUAUCGUCGUCACGAACAAGCUCGCCAGACUCCGCAGCCAGGAGGAUGAGUGAAAUGUUCUUGAGAGUACUGUUUUGGUUGGUUGCUUUGUUUGUAGGAAAACUAUCUGUGUGGCUUCGAGAGCUUGUCUUAUCACCCUGUUUAGUUUUCUUAUAUAUGAACAUCCUGUUGACUAUUCAGUAAUGAGUGGCACGGCUAUAGUUUUGUCACUGCUAUUGACCUAUGAAAGAGUAACUUGUGCUCGUCGAGCGAAAGCGGCAUGCUGUUUCUGUUA